AAGCCCAAUCAUCAAAAUCCAAAUCAAGAGCAUUUCUUCUCAAAAAUUUCUUCAGAAAAAUGUCAGGCAGAGGUAAAGGAGGCAAAGGAUUGGGCAAAGGAGGAGCCAAGAGGCACAGGAAAGUGUUGAGAGAUAAUAUUCAGGGAAUAACAAAGCCAGCUAUUCGAAGACUCGCUCGUAGAGGUGGUGUGAAGCGUAUUUCUGGGUUGAUUUACGAAGAGACUCGUGGGGUUCUGAAGAUCUUUUUGGAAAAUGUGAUUCGUGAUUCUGUGACUUACACAGAGCACGCUAGGAGAAAGACGGUUACUGCUAUGGAUGUUGUCUAUGCACUUAAGAGGCAAGGAAGGACCCUUUACGGAUUUGGGGGUUAGGGUUUGUUGGGUUUUUUUUGUUUUUGUGCUUUGAUGGUGUAAUUCUCUGUUACAUAUUCAUGGAAUAGAAAUGUGCUUUAGUUAUUAA